AUGCAGACCGAAUCUCGCCGAGAGGAGCUAGAGCAGAUCCAGAAUGAGCUGGACGUUGAAAUCAUUCCGGGCACCGAGGUCAUGGCGGACCUUGGCAGCCAUCACGCUGUGAACAGCGACGACAGUCCCCAUCGAUUCCUUGUACCCCAGCCCUCGGAUGAUCCUCAUGACCCCCUCAACUGGACUGUGGCGUGGAAGCUUUCUGCUCUCACGGCCGUGUCUACCAUGAGCUUCACUCAAGGAUUUGCGCCCUUGGCCCUCGGUCCGAUGUUUGGAUACCUUAUGAAAGACUACAACAGGUCUUUGGCCGAUGUCAUUCAGUUCACCGGAGUUACCAUUCUAGUUCUUGGCUUCAGCAACUUCCUCUGGGUUCCAAUAUCCACCUCUUUCGGCCGACGUCCUGUUCUGAUUGCUUCCCAAGUGGUGUGCUUGGCUUCCCAUAUUUGGCGAGCCAAGGCAACUACGUACGAUAGCUUCAUGGGAGCCGCCAUUUUGAGCGGCAUCGGAGCAGGUCCCGGAGAGACAAUUCAGCCUAGCAUCAUUGCCGACAUCUUCUUCCUCCAUGACCGUGGAAAGUGGAACACGAUGUACUGGGUCUUAUACACCGGAGCAUUGAUCGUGGCGCCCAUCGUUGCAGGAGCAAUGGCCGAUCACGACGGAUGGCCGUCUUUUUGGUGGCUUAAUGCCGCCAUGACAGGCUGCUCUCUCGUCGCGAUUGUCUUUGGCUUCCCCGAGACCAUGUUUAGCCGCGUAGAGACUUUCGCAGGCGAGCUUCCGAGACCCAAGGCCUCGUCAAAGGUCACCGAGAUUCUGCGCGACAAGGGGAGUUCGAAUGCUUGCCUUGGAAAAGGUACGCCGAGUCGUCAGCAGUGGUGGCCGUAUCAACCAAACCCGUCUCCGUUUCGAUCAAUCAUGCGCGACCUCUGGAUUCCCUGGAAGCUCUUCUCCUUUCCGAUCGUUCUUUUUGCGUCCUUCGUCGUCAGCUGGAGCUGCAGCUUUAUUCUGAUCCUCAAUCUUACCCAAACCCAAGUAUUUUCUGCGCCUCCGUAUAAUCUGAGCUCACAAUCGAUUGGCUUUCUCAACUUCUCGCUCCUUGUCGGAGCCCUGAUCGGCCUUGCCACGGCAGGGCCUUUCAGCGACUGGGUUUCUGCCCGUGCAACGCGGCGCAACCACGGCAUUCGCGAGCCGGAGAUGCGCCUCCCUGCCAUGGUUCCGUAUGUCCUGCUCAUGGCCUUUGGGCAUAUCAUUACGGCAAUUGGCUACCAACGCAAGUGGCCGUGGCACGUCAUUGUGAUCCUCGGCUAUACAUGCGCGGGUAUCCAAGUUGCCGGCUUGCCUAGUAUUAGCAGCACCUACGCCGUGGACAGCUACAAGCCCGUCGCUGGCUCGCUCUUCGUUGCCAUCACUGUUAAUAAGAAUCUGUGGGGUUAUGGGAUGGGACGAUUUAUUACGCCUUGGACAGAAGAAAGGGGGUUUAUCGAGGCCUUUAUGGUGAACAUGGCCCUCACAUUUGCGUGGUGCCUGUUUGGGGUGAUUUUUUACUACUAUGGAAAGACAUUUAGGAGGUGGACCAAGGAUAGCAUCAUCCAUAGGCUGUAG